GUCUUAUAUUGAAUUCUUACCACUUACAUCUCACACCCUUUCCUCCUUUCUUUCUCCUUCCCUCCCCCUAACUCUAUGGCCAAAAUACACGGUAUUGUGUGUACCUUUAAAAAAAGCAGCAUGUAGUCACAAAGAGAUUGAUGGGCCAUUCAUCCCACUUUCCUUCAUCAAUUAUCACACUAUAUCGAUAAAUAAAUUUACUUUAGAAAGAGAAAGCUUGAAAGAGAGAGAGAGAGAGAAAAAAAAAAGUAAAAAUGUGGGAAAUACAGUUAGGAUUAAUACUGUUAAUGAUGGAAUUAAUGGAUGUAAGUAACAACACAUUAGGCAAAGCAGCCAUGGCUAAAGGAUUAAGCAAUUAUAUAUUCACUACUUACACUCAUGGCAUAGCUGUCUUCUUCCUUAUUCCUCUCGCAUACCUUUACCACAGAAAUACUCCAUUAUCUCAACCCAUUGGUGUUUCUGUAAUGUUUCGCCUAUUUUUACUUGGUGUUCUCUGUUGUGGUUGCUCAAUCUUCUUGUAUCUGGGAAUACGUUAUAGCUCACCAACUCUCGCAUCAGCAAUGAAUAAUCUUUCCCCUGCUUUCACCUUCAUAAUGGGCAUCAUUUUCAGGAUGGAAAUCUUGAAUUUGAAAAGUCAAAGUAGUGUACUCAAAGCAUUGGGAACCAUAAUAUCAAUAGCAGGAGCAUUCAUAGUGACAUUGUAUCAAGGGAUGCCCAUUAUAAUAUUCUCUCCUUCACAUAACCCAUCUUCUCUUAACUCUCUUCUUGGUGACGAUAAUGAAACUCAACCAAAUUGGGUGCUUGGAGGGUUUCUUCUUUUCAUUAGUAGCUUAUUCCUAUCAUUCAUGUAUGUUGCCAAGACUUGGAUAGCAAGGGACUUCCAUUCAGAAAUACUGAUAACAUUGUUUAGCUGCCUCUUCGAAACAAUAGUGGCUGCAUUAGUUACCCUACUUCUUGAGAAUGAUACAAGUGUUUGGACCCCUACACUUGGUAUCCACUGGAUUGCUCUUCUUUAUGGGGCUCUUGACGUUGGAAUGGUAAAUGUAGUCCAAACAUGGGCAUGCGGAAAGAAGGGGCCGUUAUUUGUAGCAAUGUUUAAGCCACUUCAAAUGAUAAUUGCAGCAAUUCUAGGGGUUUCUUUCCUUGGUGAUGUUCUCCAUCUUGGAAGUGUAAUUGGAGGCACAGUAAUUGCGUUUGGAUUUUACACGGUGAUGAAGGGAAAAGCAGAUGAAGAAUCGUCGAAAGUUAUUAUUGAUGAAACAACAUUGAAUUGUAGCUCAGUAGAAAAUACAUCUCCUCAUAAAGUCCCUCUUCUCUUGAAUAAAAACAAUAUUCAUGUAUAAAAUGUACGUUCUCUAAUUGUCAUUAUAAAUUAAAAAAAAAAAAAAAAAAAAAGUUAUCUAGAGACUAGAAAUAUCAUAGUGGCAAAUGCUCAUAUUUUAUUACUAAAGUUGUAAUGGACCCUUUGGCCAUUAUCUCUAUAGUUUUACAAAAACGAUAUUGCAAA